GACAAACUCUAUUCACCUAAUCAUUUCCUUACUUAUACACACAGGAACAAGACAUUCCAAACAUCAAAAUUUCAUCACUUACAUCGAAAUAGCAAGCAAUGUUGCUCGUUGCAUCGCUGCCAGCAGCCCUCGCAUUAGGCCUUAUGGUCUCGAUAAUGCUGCCUCAGCCCGCGUCAUGCACCACCCGACACUACACAUUUAACAUUGUGCAACACAACGUGACACGGCUGUGCAAUACGAAGACCAUUGUUAGCGUUAAUGGGAAAUUUCCGGGACCUAGGAUAACCGCAAGGGAAGGCGAUCGUGUAUUAGUUAAGGUGGUCAACAAUGUGACUAACAAUGUGAGCAUUCACUGGCAUGGAAUACGGCAACUCAGGAGCGGUUGGGCUGAUGGGCCGGCUUAUGUAACACAAUGCCCGAUACAGACGGGCCAGAGUUACACGUACAACUUCACCAUCACGGGGCAGAGAGGUACUCUGUUCUGGCAUGCUCACAUCUCCUGGCUGAGAGCAACUCUUUACGGACCAAUAAUCAUCCUCCCUAGACGAAACGAGACUUAUCCCUUUAAGAAACCACACAAGGAAUUCCCCAUCAUAUUUGGGGAGUGGUGGAAUGCGGACCCUGAGGCGGUUAUUAAUCAAGCUCUUCAGACGGGGGGUGGUCCAAACAUUUCCGAUGCAUACACCAUCAAUGGCCUUCCUGGACCCUUGUACAAUUGUUCCUCUAAAGAUACAUUCAGGCUGAGAGUGAAGCCGGGGAAGACAUACUUGCUUCGUCUGAUAAAUGCUGCCAUGAACGAUGAACUAUUUUUCAGCAUUGCCAACCAUACCGUCACCAUAGUUGAAGCAGAUGCAGUGUAUGUCAAACCAUUUGCUACUAGCGUGGUGGUCAUAACCCCCGGCCAAACCACAAAUGUUCUGCUCAAGACGAAGCCUCACUACCCGCACGCCACAUUCCUCAUGGCUGCAAGCCCAUAUUUCACGGGACAGGGAACUUUUGACAAUUCCACAGUUGCCGGUUUUCUUGAAUAUGAAGAACAAUCAGAUCACUUGCAUAACAAGACAAAGACACUUUUCAAGCCUACGUUACCAGCAUUAGGUGACACUGGCUUUGUUGCCAAUUUCACCCGGAAGCUCCGGAGCUUAAACAACCCAAAAUAUACGUCAGCAACUGUCCCGCAGACGGUGGACAAGCGUUUUUUCUUCACCGUCGGACUCGGGUCAAGCCCAUGCCCUCAAAACACAACGUGUCAAGGACCCAAUGGGACAAAAUUUUCAGCUGCAGUCAAUAACAUUUCUUUUGUUCUUCCUCAGACAGCUAUGCUACAAGCCCACUUCUUCCAAAACUUUACAGGAGUUUACACCGCAGAUUUCCCAACCAAUCCACCGAAUCCAUUCAACUACACAGGAACUCCACCGAACAACACUUUAGUGAGCAAUGGAACUCGGGUUGUGGCUCUUCCUUUCAAUGCUAGUGUGGAGCUAGUUCUUCAGGAUACAAGCAUUCUUGGGGCUGAGAGUCAUCCUCUUCACCUACACGGUUUCAAUUUCUUUAUAGUCAGUGAAGGAUUCGGGAAUUAUGAUCCAACCAAUGACCCUGCAAAGUUUAACCUGGUGGAUCCCGUUGAAAGGAAUACAGUAGGUGUUCCAUCUGGUGGCUGGGUAGCCAUUCGAUUCCAAGCAGACAAUCCAGGAGUAUGGUUUAUGCACUGCCACUUUGAAGUACACACAAGUUGGGGGUUAAGAAUGGCUUGGAUCGUACAGGACGGGCCGCUAGCAACUCAAAAACUGCCACCACCCCCGUCUGAUCUUCCCAAGUGUUGAAGGAGCUGCUGCUUUGAAUGUAAACCAGCAGUCUUGAAUUUAUUUAAUUUUGGUUCUCCCCUUCUGUAUCUUUUCCUUUUAUCAUUUUUACCAUUUUUGUGUGAGUUUCGUUCUUUUAUAUUGUAAAUCAUUCGGAGCCGGGUGUGGUUUUAUUGUAUCUAUCAAAACACAAAUGUUUCUGAGGGUUAUUUUAUUUAUCAAAAUACUACUGUAACUUCAUCAA